UGGCAAUCAUGGCUUUUGCUACCAGCAGCUGGGUGUAUUUCUUUGCUCGUGGAAUCAUGAUGUUUGCAUGUAUCCCAAUGCCCACACUCAGAGCUCAGCUGUCCAAGAUUUUGGAUGUUCAGCUGUAUGGGCGUGUUUUCGGCUGGCUACAGUCGGUCCUGGCUGUGACUGAGGUCCUGUCCACGGUGCUUUUCACUUCCAUCUACCCCCUCACCCUGGCCUGGUACAGCGGCUUCUGCUUUCUGCUCUCGUGUGCUAUCAGCUACCUCAGUGUGCUCCCUGCUCUUUACUUGAACUGGAGAGGGACCAGGCAAGGAUACACUCGUAUUGCUGGCACUGACCACUGCCGGCACACUAUCAACACUAUAGAGGACUGAAAAAGACACCCUGCAUGAAAGGUAGCCUGAAACCUCUGUUUAACCUUAGAUAACCUGUGAUAUGAAAUUUUAAUCACAGCCUUGCUAUGCCAAUAUAUUAAAACUGUAAUAAUGAUUUAGAAAAAAUGAACAAGGCAAAAACAAACCAACUGAGAACAAGAAUACUCAUUGACUCCAUAACCAGACUAUAUGAGGACAUAACACAUCCACACAAUUUUUAGCUUGAUAUUAGGAAGUGCUCAUUACAAAAUACAGAAUAAAAAGCUAAUGAUUGUACAAAUACGAAUGUGUCAGCUCUCAUCCAGAGGGGCUGUGGGGCACAAUGACGCAUGCAGAAUGAAGCUUGGGUGGCUGCAAAUUUUCAGAAGGUCUUAUUUGCAGUCCUUGAAGUCAUGCAGGAGGCAUUAUUCUGGGUGUAUGACAGGGCAUGCACCUAUAGGUGGAAGGGUGGAAUACGCCAGAUGUUGUGAUGAAGUUACACCAACCAAUUUUCUUAUUAAAUGACAUUUGUAAAGUCAGCAAUGCACAAGCUCCCAGCCCCUGCAGUCACUGCUCCCCCACACCAAGAUUGGCACUGAAGGUAGCUACAUGAAAAAGCAGGUGACAUUCCCCCAGUUUAGUAACCCUGUUCCUGCUUGUAACCCACAGCAACACAGAGGACACCUCUU